ACUCCCGGCCAUAUCAAAUCACACCUCCUUUGGGUAACGAUGUGGUCACCCAAUACAAGCAUUCCUUAUUUAGCCUGUUUCCUGGUCACUUAUUUCAAGUUUUCAGAGGGACUAGGAGAAAAUAUCACCGUGUCUACCAAGUUAGGGAAAUUAACUGGAAAGAAAUUCACUGUACUGAACAACACUGUAGAUGUUUUACGUUUUCUUAACAUCCCUUAUGCUCGUCCGCCAGUGGGAGAGCUACGCUUUGCUAAGCCACAACCCUACGGUAAAUGGAUGGGAACUCUUGAUGCGACUUCGUAUGGCCCAGCAUGCAUACAACAGCCAGAAAAGGGUUUCCCUUACCAUGGUUUCUCAGAAAACUGUCUUCAACUGAAUAUCUACUCGCCCAAGAAGAAAUUUUUAAACGGAAAUCUUCCAGUUAUGGUAUGGAUUCAUGGAGGUGCGUACGUUAGUGGCUCUGGGAUAUUGUACGAUGGACUCUUUCUGGCUGCCAAAGGUGAAGUAGUUGUUGUCACCAUUAAUUAUCGACUGAACAUUUUUGGAUUUUUCACUUUUAAUAAUGACAUUGCGAAAGGGAAUUAUGGACUUUGGGAUCAAAGACUAGCACUUCAAUGGGUAAAAUCUAAUAUAGAAGAUUAUGGUGGAAAUCCAGGUCAAGUUACAAUAUUCGGUGAAUCUGCGGGGGGAUUCAGUGUUGGUUUACAGAGUUUGAUCCCCUUGAACAAAGGACUUUUUCAAAGAGCUAUAGCUGAAAGUGGAGUUGCAAAUUCUUUUUUGUCAUUUGGAAAAACGAAUAUUACUUCAAUACUAGUGGCAGAUGAUUCGGGUUGCAAAUUCGAUCCAUCAACUCGAAACUUUAGGACGGUUCUGCAAUGUCUGAGAACAAAAACAGCAGAUGAACUGCUACAGGCUGAAAAUAAAUUCCAAAAUGACACAGCGGCAUCGAUUCAAUUAUUCAUCAGGUAUGGUCCGGUCGUCGAUGGCGAACUUUUUACAGAAUUGCCAGUUGAUAUUUUUAGGAAGAAAAAUUCGCCCGCAUAUGACUUUUUCUCGUCUUUAGAUAUAAUAGUCGGUAAUUGCGACACAGAGGGAUCGAUACUAUUAGCAACUAAACCCGAAGUGGAAGAAAAAUACCACUUCAACAUUAGUACUGGCUUCCCAAACAAAUUCGUGUGUGACAGUCUUAUCCCUGCGUUGUCUGGGGAUUUUUUUCAAGGCAGCUCUAAGGUAUCUAAAGCUGUUUGUAAGGAAUACGGUGUCAUGAACAAUAUUUCAGAGCAAAGCAGACAGGUGCUAGAUAUGUACACGGAUUUGUUUUUUCUAGUUCCAGCAGUAUCUACCUUGAAUGGUCAUGCAAAUUCAAAAUCUAACAGUGCGCGAUAUCAGUACAUCUUCACAGAGAAGAGUCCUCGACCUUUAGGUCCCCCGCGACCAUCGUGGUACAGGGGAGCAGGCCACGCAUCAGAAGUUGUCUUUCUUUUCGGAAUUGAAUACCUCUACCUAUUCAAUAUAACAGUGUCACCCGAGGAUAUGGUGUUGGCGGAUAAACUGAAGGCGUAUUGGUCCAACUUUGCCAAAUAUGGAAAUCCAAACAUGGAAGGACUGCCCCAGUGGCCUGAGUACGAUAUACAUGGACGGCAGUAUCUAACAUUAAAUGCAGAGAAGAUAUCGUCAAACAGUGCAUAUAAUGCUAAAAGAAUUUCAUUCUGGUUAGACUAUAUACCGUCGUUACUGCAAAAACAUCCAUGUGAAGCCGAAAUCAUGCAUCGAGGACAUCAUAGCUCUUUGUUUAUCGUGACUACAUUGUUUGUAAGUGGACUUACAUUGGACGAACAACCAUAUUAUCAAAAUUCAAGAUUGGGUGAAAUAAAGGGUAUCCAGAAAGUGGUCAACAACGGUACCACCGUCUUCAACUUCCUUAACAUACCUUACGCAAAGGCACCCGUUGGAAAUCUCAGAUUUGCCAAGCCAGAACCGUUUGGAAAAUGGGAAGGGAUGCUUGAUGCCACAAAAUUAGGAAAAGCUUGCAUUCAACCUCCUGAUCCAUUCAAUGAAACGAUAUAUAACGGAUUCUCCGAAGACUGUCUUCAGUUGAAUAUAUAUGUUCCAAACAAUAUGUCAGCGGUUACCAAAAAAAGUGUUAUGGUGUGGAUUCACGGUGGUGCGUAUAUCUUUGGGUCCGGCACGCUGUAUAAUGGUACAAUGUUGGCUGCUCAUGGUGACGUGGUCGUCGUCACCAUCAACUAUCGUCUUGGGAUAUUUGGCUUUCUGUCCUUUAAUGACACAAUCGCCAGAGGUAACUAUGGACUCUGGGACCAACUCUUAGCAUUAAAGUGGGUGCAGGAUAACAUUGAAGACUAUGGGGGUGAUCCUUCCUCUGUGACAAUUUUCGGGGAAUCUGCAGGGGGAUUCAGUGUUUCGCUUCUGUCGUUAAUCCCUAGCAAUAAAGGACUAUUCCACAGAGUAAUUGCCGAGAGUGGGGUGUCCGACACGUUUCUCUCCCUAUCGUAUCAUGCAAAACUCGUUUCUCUUGGACUUGGUGAUGCUCUUGGUUGUGUUUACGACCCAAUAACAAGGAAUUUCAAAACUGUUCUUUAUUGUUUGAGGUCCAAAUCACCAGAAGAGAUAUUCAAAACCUUAGAUACUUUGGAACUUUAUUUUCUAUCAUCUUUAACUGUUGGGAUACCAUUUGCACCAGUGAUUGAUGGAGAAUUGUUUAAUGACUUUCCCUCCAAACUUCUUUCCGAAGAUUAUUCAAAUGAAUUAGCCUUUUUCAAGUCCUUGGACAUGAUCAUUGGCAACUGUAAUAUGGAAGGUUCAUUAUACUUGGGAAUGACUCCACAAGAACAAGAAAAAUAUGGAUUCAAUAUAACGACUGGUAUCCCUCAGGAAUUCUUCUGUGAUAAGUUUAUUCCUGCAAUUGUACAGUCUUACUUUGAUCAUAACUCAAAAGUAUCCAGUGCUAUUUGCCAAGAAUAUAAAGUAGAUAAUAACCCGGAUGAACAGAGUCGACAGGUUCUGCAGAUGUACACCGAUUUAUUCUUUAUUUCCCCAACAUUUUCAUCAUUAUUAGCUCGUUCUCGGGGUAAAGCAUACAGAAACACGUAUCAGUACGUGUUUUCCAAUAAGACACCGCUACCUUACGGUGCUCCGAGACCUGCAUGGUACAGGGGUUCCGGUCAUGCCUCGGAGUUGCCAUUCCUUUUCGGUAUAGAAGACCUCCAUUAUAUACACCGUCCUGUUACAGCGGAGGAGUUUGAAUUGUCUUUUAUCAUGAAGGAUUUGUGGACAAAUUUUGCCAAAACAGGAAAUCCAAAUGGACCUAAACUUCCAACAUGGCCACAGUUCGAUCCACAAAACCAAUAUUUUCUACAACUCAACUACGACAAUUUAACUGCAUCCAAAAGCUACGACAAGGACCGGGUGGACUUUUGGCUUAAAACUGUCCCUAGUAUUAUUGAUAAAACUGGAAGGAGAAAAAUUUCUAUAAAUAAUCUAGUGUUUCAAUUAACCUUGUCCAUUGUGGCAUAUCUAUGUCUAAGAGGACUUGCAAUGGAAGAACAACCAUAUGUUCUCAAUACCAGAUUAGGAAACGUGAGGGGUAUCCGUAAAGUGGUCAACAACACAGGUACAACGACCGUCUUCAACUUUCUUAACGUACCUUAUGCAAAAGCACCAACUGGAAACCUCAGAUUUGCCAAGCCAGAACCGUUUGGAAAAUGGGAUGGGAUACUUGAUGCCACAAAAUUAGGAAAAGCCUGUAUUCAACCACCUGACCCUUUCCAUGAAACGACAUAUCACGGAUUCUCCGAAGACUGUCUUCAGUUGAAUAUAUAUGUUCCAAAUAAUGUGUCAAUUGGUGCCAAAAGAAGUGUCAUGGUGUGGAUUCACGGUGGUGCGUAUAUUUCUGGGUCCGGCACCCUGUAUAAUGGUACAAUGUUGGCUGCUCAUGGUGACGUGGUCGUCGUCACCAUCAACUAUCGUCUUGGGAUAUUUGGCUUUCUGUCCUACAAUGACACAAUCGCCAGAGGUAACUAUGGACUCUGGGACCAACUCUUAGCCUUAAAGUGGGUGCAGGAUAACAUUGAAGACUAUGGGGGUGAUCCUUCCUCUGUGACAAUUUUUGGGGAAUCUGCCGGGGGAUUCAGUGUGUCGCUUCUGUCGUUAAUCCCUAGCAAUAAAGGACUAUUCCACAGAGUAAUUGCUGAAAGUGGGGUGUCAGACUCCUUUCUAUCUCUAACUGUGCAAGCCAAAAACGUGUCAAUUCGCGUAGGAGAAACUCUGGGUUGUAGUUACGAAGAUUCCCCAAAAACUCUAUACUGCAUGAGAUCAAAAUCACUAGAAGAAAUAUUGAAAGCUUUGUAUACAUCUGGCGUGUAUCUAUCACUAACGGUUGGAAUACCGUUUGCACCGGUGAUUGAUGGAGAAUUGUUUAAUGACUUUCCCUCCAAACUUCUUUCCGAAGAUUAUUCAGAUGAAUUAGCCUUUUUCAAGUCCUUGGACAUGAUCAUUGGCAACUGCAAUAUGGAAGGUUCAUUAUACUUGGGAAUGACUCCACAAGAACAAGAAAAAUAUGGAUUCAAUAUAACGACUGGUAUCCCUCAGGAAUUCUUCUGUGAUAAGUUUAUUCCUGCAAUUGUACAGUCUUACUUUGAUCAUAACUCAAAAGUGUCCAGUGCUAUUUGUCAAGAAUAUAAAGUAGAUAAUAACCCGGAUGAACAGAGUCGACAGGUUCUGCAGAUGUACACCGAUUUAUUCUUUAUUUCCCCAACAUUUUCAUCAUUAUUAGCUCGUUCUCGGGGUAAAGCAUACAGAAACACGUAUCAGUACGUGUUUUCCAAUAAGACACCGCUACCUUACGGUGCUCCGAGACCUGCAUGGUACAGGGGUUCCGGUCAUGCCUCGGAGUUGCCAUUCCUUUUCGGUAUUGAAGACCUUCAUUAUAUACACCGUCCUGUUACAGCGGAGGAGUUUGAAUUGUCUUUUAUCAUGAAAGAUUUGUGGACAAAUUUUGCCAAAACAGGAAAUCCUAAUGGACCUAAACUUCCAACAUGGCCACAGUUCGAUCCAAAGAAUCAAUACUUCCUUCAACUCAACUACGACAAUUUAACAGCAUUCAAAAACUACGAGAAAGAAAGGAUGGAUUUUUGGCUUAACAAGAUACCUAAGACGAUUGAUCACACCGUACAUUCCACCUUUACCCACCAUGAACACGGCGAUAAACAGUUGAUAAAAGCCAAUAGACCCAUGGAACAGCGAUACGUUGAUGUUCCCUUUCGAGUUCUGAUCUUGGUCUCUGUUUUAUCCGCAUGUCAUUGUGCGAAAACCACAAGAAAUGUUACCUAUAACACGACUCUGGGAGUGAUUACAGGACUAGAAGUUCUCAAUGGUUCAAACCCGGAGUUAUAUCAGUUUCUCAAAAUACCAUACGCAGUACCGCCCCUUGGCGGACUAAGGUUCUCAAAACCAUUGCCUCACGGAAAAUGGAACGGUACUCGAGAUGGAACUAAAUUUGGUCCAGGUUGUCUUCAGCCAAAAGGGUAUGCCACAUCAGUUGAAUACACAAGUGAGGAUUGUCUUUUUCUCAACAUAUACAUUCCGUUCAGGUUACAAAAAACGGACAGGAAGCCAGUGAUGGUGUGGAUCCAUGGGGGUGGAUACUACGUGGGAGCUGGUUCAUUUUACGAUGGAAGUACGUUAGCUAAAACGGGUGACGUCAUAGUUGUUACAAUUAAUUAUCGUCUGAAUAUAUUUGGGUUUUACACAUUGGAGGGUUCUUCUGCAAAUGGAAAUUACGGGCUGUGGGAUCAAAUUAUGGCUAUUGAGUGGGUGAAACACAACAUAGCAGAUUAUGGCGGAAAUCCAGAGCAGAUAACCAUCUUCGGAGAAUCCGCUGGAGGUUUCAGCAUCGGACUUCUAUCUUUGAUGCCGAUAAACAAGGGCCUCUUUCAACGUGCAAUAAUGCAAAGUGGCACAUCCAACUCCUUUUUAACUAUUGCGAAUCCUGAAUUGACUUCCAAACUCGCUGGGAAUAAAACAGGUUGUCCUUUCAACAACGAAAACCCUGAACAAACAUUAAAAUGUAUGCGGAACAUGUCCUAUACCGAUAUUGAAGCUGGGACAUUUACUCUCGAAAUACAACCAGAAAGUUCUCCCCGUUUACACAUCGCUUUUACCCCCGUGGUUGACGGGGAGCUUCUGGAUAGAGAACCCGCUGAGAUUCUUCGAGAUCCUUCAUCGCCAGGAAAUAAAUUCUUCAAAUCGCUGGAUGUUAUGGUAGGAAACUGUGACAUGGAAGGUUCUCUUUACCUUAGCACAAAUGUUGAAGUCCAGAAAAAGUAUGGAUUUAACAUGACAACAGGUAUUCCGAGAUCAUUCUUCUGUAAUACUUUAUUGCCUGCAAUUGCUUCCGAAUACUUCAAUGACAAUCAAAAUGUAUCUUCUGAGGUGUGUAAGGUGUACGGAAAAGGAACCUCUCUGGCUGAGCAGAGCAUGGAUGUUUUACACUGGUACACGGACAUGGUUUUCCUGGCUCCGUCUACCUCCACUUUACUAUCGCACGCUAACAGUAUAACAACGACACACCAGUACAUUAUAACACAACCUCUACCUGUGUAUUUAGGAAAUGAUAAAGGUCCACCUCAGUGGUUCCAAGGAUCCGCCCAUACAACUGAUUUAUUAUAUUUAUUCUUUGUGGAAAACUUUGAUGGUUUCCAUCCUAACACGACAGUCAAACCAACUGCCGCUGAUUUUCGUCUUGCACAAAGAUUGCGAAAGUAUUGGACAAAUUUUGCCAAGACUGGAAAUCCAAACUCGGACGGGGUGCCAAAAUGGCCAUUAUACACUUGUGAUAAUCGGGCUUAUAUCCAUCUGAAUGAUGACGCUGUUACAGCUGGUAUGAAUUAUCGCAAGGAAGAAAUGGAUUUAUGGCUUUAUCGAAUUCCUGAAAGCUUUCAAUACAAAGAAAUUCAUACCAGAUUGGGUCCAAUAAAGGGAAAAAAAGCCUUUGUUGGAAAAAAUAAAGAUUUGGUUUACCAGUUCUUGAAUAUUCCAUUUGCUAAACCACCAGUUGGAGAUUUGCGAUUCAAAGAACCAAUAGAGUAUGGGAAAUGGAAUGGAACACUAGACGCUACAAACUAUGGUCCAGCAUGUUUUCAGGACAUUACAUUCACGAUAUGGUACGGAACGUCUGAAGAUUGCCUACAGCUAAACAUCUAUGUUCCUUUCACUACCUUUCCAACGACUCCAAAGUCUGUAAUGGUGUGGAUUCACGGAGGCGGCUAUAUUUUUGGAACUGCCUCUUUUUAUGAUGGCAGUAUGAUUGCAGCCGUGGGUGAUGUUAUUGUAGUGACCAUGAAUUAUAGGCUUGGAAUUUUCGGAUUCCUAACGUUAGAGGAAGAUGGAGCAAAGGGAAAUUAUGGUCUUUUAGAUCAAAUCCAAGCCCUGAAAUGGAUCAAAGAUAAUAUUGCUGACUAUGGUGGUAAUCCAAAUGAUAUAACUAUUUUUGGAGAAUCGGCAGGAGGUUUCAGCGUGGGGUUGUUGACGCUCAUACCUGAAAAUAAAGGACUGUUUCAUCGUGCAAUUCAAGAAAGUGGUACUGCAAAUUCUAAACUCACCAUCGCUAAUCCAACAAAAUUCUCUAUUGAAACGGCGAAAGAAUUAGGAUGCUUAAACAAGUCCACUAGUCUAUUACAAUGCAUGCGCAAAACAUCAGCUCGUGAAUUACUAACGAAGAGUGAAUUAGUGGGAACAAAACUAUGUAAUAUUAGUGAUCUGUUUUGUUUACAAUAUGGCCCAGUUGUAGACGGUGAAAUUAUUCCGCGGACACCUGCUCAGCUACUCUCAGACAAGACGUCCGCAGCGUUCAAGUUCUUCACGUCUCUGGACAUUAUGAUCGGGAACUGCGUUACGGAAGGUUCUCUUUUUCUGGCGGAGCUCGAAAGUGAUAUGCAGUUUCAAAAACACUACAAUAUUACAGCUGGAAUUCCACGGAAGUACUUGUGCGAUACCAUGAGUCCAAACAUUGCAGAACAUUACUUUGAUAAUACCACUAGGGUAUCUACGGCGAUAUGUAAGGAGUAUGGAGUGAAUAACAAUCUUUCAUUACAGAGCCGUGAGAUACUGAAUGUGUUCGGAGAUUUAUUCUUUAUAUCCCCAUCUGUUUCUUCCUUGAAUGUUCAUAUCAACCCUGAGUCCAGUACCUACCAGUUCAUUUAUACGCAGAUCCUUUCAUUUGUUCUUGGACCCAAAAAGCCUCCGUGGUACAUUGGCCCCGAUCAUGCCGACGAAUUGUACUACCUCUUUACUAUGGAAUACUUUGACAAAAUCUUUCCAAAUGUCACAAUAACGCAAUCGGACCGUCGGUUAGCCUUUCAAAUGAGGAAGUAUUGGACAAACUUUGCAAAAACUGGGAAUCCAAACUCGGAAGGACUUCCUGUUUGGUCACCAUACACCCACGAGUCUCCGAGAUACUUGCAGCUCAGCAAGAACAACAUGGAGAUAAAAACUGGCUACAGAAAAGAGAGAACGGACUUUUGGCUACAUACACUACCGGAUCUCUUCCAUAAGGCAGAAUCUAGCAAAGCGUCGAAAUCUUUAAACAAGGGAUUAGUUCUUAGUAUGAUGUUGUUAAUUGCAUGUUGUAAAAUUUGAACUGGCCAAAAUAAAAAGAAAUAAAUACA